UAAACCAGCCCUGUUGGAGGGAGCAGAAGGAGGGGGGAAUAUGGGGAAGUGUAGAUGCAUUUCCCAUAAGUCAUAGUCAGCCAGCUCCUCCCCCCAUCUGGCUGAGAGCCAGCAUCAAAAGAGGAGAAAGCAGAGUAGCAGAGACUGAGCCGAGUUGUUACUGAAAAGUAGAACAUGAAGACACGCAAACGGAGCACCUAGUUUGUGUCGAUGACAGGUUAUUCAGAACAAAUACGCAGGAGAGAGAAUGCAGUUCAGGCUAGCAUCGAUCGAUUUAGCAGAUAAAAUGGCGGUGAGGCAGAGGCUCUUCAACUCAACAGCGCCUUUCUCUGGGCCACCUCAAGCCGAGCCUAAGAAGACAUAUCCAUCAUGCUCCAAUGCAGAGCAGGAGACUGAGGAGGAGCAAGAGGAGGGGAAGGAUAGCAAAAUGGGAUACCUGACAAAGUGGUCUACGUCCAGAAUCAAUAAGCUUCUGACGCAUGGAACUGCAGAACAAGUGGAAGAAAUGCAGUUCAAGACCUCAACCAUUGUUGCUCAGGCAGAAUGUGAAACCCAGGACUCCCAAGAGUUCAUGCCCUCUUGUUGCGAACGACCCUUUGUUUUCUCCCCUUACAGCUCAACCCCCCACAGUCUUUCUUCCGACCAAAACAAUGUGGCUUGCCCGACAACGGCCUCCGUCCAGGAGCCGAACACAUCACCCCCCUCCCCAAGGAAGAAGACCCACAGAGGACAGAAACGCAAGGGGAAGAGGAAGCAGAAGACAAAGAAGGAGAAGCAGCGACAGAGACGUCGAAUGCCUUCUGGAGUCCCUGAACAGGAGAGUGGAAGUUCUUCGGUCUCAAUCCUGGAUGGCUCUUCUAUUGAAGAGAGAAGCAAUCUCAGUAGUUCUUGCUGUAGCAGCUUUGAAAGCUCAGAGGAACAGGUCCAAAAGCCUUUUUACAGCCAACAAAUCUACAACAAAGGCUCAAGCUGCUCCCCUUUGAACUGGCCUGGUCAGGUUUUGGGUCACAUCUCCAGCGUCCGGUCAUAUGAGAACAACAGCAGCUCGGACUCGCUCAGCAGUCUGGGAGACUGCUCUCUUGCACUCGCUGGGCUCAGAGGCUGUGUCAGUCAAGGGGAUCCGUGCUACGCAGGGCCAUUUUUCAAAGAGGUGGAGAGGGAGGCAAGGGAGGAGGAAGAUGAGUUCUCAGAGGCUGACUCUGUCAGCAAUGAGGGAAUAAUCUUUUACCAUGAAAAAAUUCAGCCUGUGGACUCAGAGUACAAGGAAGGGAGGGAGUAUGUCCUCAGGCACUUCAUCAAGGAAGGCUCCUAUGGUGAAGUACAGUGUGCUGAAGAUGUGAACAGUGGGUUCAGAUUUGCGGCCAAAAAGAUUGCCCUGAAGAGGUUCAGCAGUGAGGAGGUGGGUGCGUGGAGUGCCCUCAGAUCUCCUUUUGUGGUGAAACUCUUCGGAGUGGUCAGAGAGGGGCCCAGUGUUGUCCUUCUGAUGGAACACAAAGCUGGCUCCUUGGGCCAGCUGAUAGUGGAGCGUGGCCGACUGCCAGAGGAUUUAAGCCUCCACUACUACUCUCAAGUCUUGAGAGCAUUAGAAUACUUGGUUAAGAGAAAGGUGGUGCACCUCGAUAUUAAAGCUGACAACGUGUUGCUGUCGGAUGAUGGUAGAGACACCUUCCUUUGUGAUUUUGGAUAUGCGGAGAAACUCGACAAUCAGGGUCAGAGCCUCAGUAGAUCCAAAGAUCUGAAGGGCACAGAGACUCACAUGGCCCCUGAGAUCGUAAAAGGAGAACCUCGCGGAGCUAAAGCAGAUGUGUGGAGCAGCUGCUGUAUGUUACUGCACAUGCUCAAUGGGUGUCAGCCUUGGACAAGAUAUUACACCUGUCGCCUUUAUCUGAAGAUUGCUAACGAGCCCCCGCCUGUGAGAGAGAUCCCACCUGACUGUUGCUCUCUCACUGCUGAAAUUAUAAAGGCGGGACUUCAGAAGGAUCCCCUGAAGAGAUCAUCAGCGUCCGAUCUCAAAGAAAAAACUGACAGAGCUCUGAGAGAAGUUGGAGGACUCACCAGCCCAGUGAAAGGUCCCUAUAUGAAGCCCUUGUUUAACACCAACAAACCAGCUGACUCCAUGCAAGUCAUCACUAGCAGUGUUGACUUUGAGGAUGAAGAGACGCAUCAAGAGUCUGUUAAAAAGCUGAUCACAGCAGGGAGGAGGACGACGAAACUGACUGAUGAGAAAGAGGCAGAAGCUGGUUCUAAAAAAUCAAAACAAAACUUGACCUUUGAACCACAAAUGCUGAUUUCUGAGCCGAGCCACAAGAGGGACAACAAGAUCACCACAGUACCUGAACUUGAACUACGGAAGCUGGUUGGAGAUUUCUACCUAAGCAGUCUCUCCCAGCUUCAUUCUGCUGAGAUGCAGGAGCAGUUGUUGUCAUGCCUCAGCAGUGACCCUUACACCAACUGGGAUCCAUGGGACAAAAAGGACUCUGGCCGCUGGUCUCUGAGCCCAGGAGAUGACUUCAGCUCUGGUGUCUUCUCCUACAAUAGCCAACCAGAUGUGCAGGUCUUCAGUUUGGAUUUGCCUUGCUGUUUUGAAGGGGUAGACGUCUGCAUCAAAGACUUUGGCAAUCGGAACAUUCAAAUCAGAGAGGUGCGUCGGGUAAAGGUGGGCCACAUCGCCACUGGAAUCAGUGAUCAGAUCUCCGAGAGAGUGUUCACUCUGGAGACUGAGCAUGGCCAGCAGAUUGGUCAUGAUGAGGAGGUGCAGGAGUCCGGCCUUAGGCUCUGCUGCAUUCCAGCUCCAGACUUCAGCACUUCCUGGAGAUGGAGGAUCAAAAACGGCGUGCUGGAAACACGAUAGUGCCCACCAUGAGUAACCGCUGGUGAUUUCACCUUGUGUUCCAAAAACCUGCCGUUGGCUUGUCUCACUGUGUGAGCCUCCAUUUCAGCAAACUGCUUUCAUGUUUAAAAUGGCCUAAAGGAGGGAUGCUUAGCUUUGUGUUGCAUAAUGUCUGCAUGUUGUAACUUUGCAUUGAGUUAAUAAACAUAAUCCUGAACUGUGAAAA